UUUUACCCUACAAGUCUCUUUCACACGUUCUAUAUGUAAAACAACUUACGGAGACACCAAAAUAUUCAUUGGUUUCCUCUUCGACCUAAAAGCAACUCACACACCAAAUUUCUGGAAUCAUGGAAUUUUCCAAGCAUGCCAAUGCAGCUGAUCGCUCUUAUGAGGAUUUUGAUCCUUUGUUUGUGUGGCGUAGAGAAGAGGCCCGUGACACCCUUGAACUUCACCUUCCAGGUUUUAGGAGAGAUCAAAUACGAAUUCAGAUCAACCAUGUUGGUUAUUUGGUAAUAAGCGGGGAGCGACAUAUGGAUGGAAGUAGAUGGAAACGUUUCAGGAAAGAAUUUGAAAUCCCAUCAUAUUGCAAUGACGAUGCAAUUCAUGGCAAUAUGAUGCAGAGCAUUCUUUCGGUGGUGAUGCCAAAGAAAAGUCGUCUAACUCAUCAAGAGGAGCAAGAACUGGUGACAGAGAAAAGGGAAAAUUACAAAGAAGAGACUGAAACCACAACCAAAGAGGGAAUAAUAGCAGAAGAUAUGGCUCAUGAGUUUGAAGAACAUGAUAAUGUGAGGUUACCACAAGAUACUACUAGAGACGUUGCCCUCAAAUUCAUGCUUGUGAUGGUUCUGAUAUUGGUCAUUGCAAGUUAUGUAGCAGACAUAAGCAAAAGCCUCAUGGCUCAAGGUGCUUCAUAUUUUCACAAUUAGACCAGGCUGGUCCUGGUUUAAUGUGGCUAGCUAUGUAAAUUUUAAUGCUGUGAAUAAGGAUAAAGUUGUUGUAUCAUAAUAAUUUGUUUGAGGGAAGUUUCACGAGGCCUAUAGCUCGUUUAAUUUACUUUUGAAAGGGUACCCAAACCCAAAUGCAAUAAAUUCAAUAU